GACAAGGCCACCUCUCAGCGCUCCUGCUCGGAAGUCAGUUUCACCGGGGAGACUGGGGUCGAGGCCGGCGUGGAUUCGACCCUUUUCCCUUUCGCCAAGGCAGUCCGUCCUCCGUAUCCCUUCUCCGACGUGAGUCCCCCUGAACUCAGCCGCAGCGAGUGGCAUAAAUCCGGGUCGAGCGGCUACCGAUCCGGGGCCCUCGCCAGUGCGAUCCUUCAGCAGACCUACGGCGAGGUGAACCAGCUGGGCGGGGUCUUCGUCAACGGGCGCCCCCUGCCCAACGCCAUCCGCCUGCGGAUCGUGGAGCUGGCGCAGCUGGGCAUCCGGCCCUGCGACAUCAGCCGGCAGCUGCGCGUCUCGCACGGCUGCGUGAGUAAGAUCCUGGCCCGCUACAACGAGACCGGCUCCAUCCUGCCCGGCGCCAUCGGGGGCAGCAAGCCGCGGGUCACCACCCCCAACGUGGUCAAGCACAUCCGCGACUACAAGCAGGGCGACCCGGGCAUCUUCGCCUGGGAGAUCCGCGACCGCCUCCUGGCCGACGGCGUCUGCGACAAGUACAACGUGCCCUCCGUCAGCUCCAUCAGCCGGAUCCUGCGCAACAAGAUCGGCAGCCUCUCGCAGCCCGGCGGGGCCGGCGGACCGGGCGGAGGCCUCUACGAGGGCGGCGGCGGCGGCGGCGGCGGAGGGGGCGGCAAGCCCCCCGGCCCGCCGCCCGCCCUGCCCUACAACCACAUCUACCAGUACCCCUACCCCAGCGCCGUGGCCGCCUCCGGCGCCAAGCUGGCCGGCCACCCCGGGGCGCCCGUCUCCGCGGCCCACGUCAGCCUGCCCCGCUCCUGGCCCUCGGCUCACUCCGUCAGCAACAUCCUCGGCAUCCGGGCCUUCCUCGACCAAAGCGCUCUGGCCGGGACCGAGAGCUCUCCCUACCCUCCCAAGAUGGAAGACUGGCCGAGUGUCAACAGGACCGCCUUCUCGACAGCCGGGCAAGGCGUCAACGCGCUGGACAAGUCGGCGGGGGAGACGGACAUUAAAUAUCCCCAGGCUCCCCCUGGACUCUCGGCGGUGAGCACCUUCCUGCCCCCCUGCGCCUACCCGGCCUCCAACCAGCCCGGCGUCUACGGCGGCCCCGCCGGGAGCUACCUGAGCCCGGCCCACCCCUGGCAGACGCAAGGCAGCCCCCUGGCCCACCACCACGCGCCCGGCAUGGCUCUCCACGGGGGGGAGCUGCCCGCCCCCGCGGCCUUCAAGCACCCCCCCUCCCGAGAAGCACAAAAUCAGAUCAUCAACGUGCGGGCAGAAAACCAGCCGCCAGCACGGCGGGAGGCAAAGCUCCCCCCGACGCCCUCGCCAGCAGCAUCCCCGGACUUUCUCUCCCGGCCUCCUCGUCCUAGAAGACUGCGCGGGGCGGGCUGGGAAAGGCGGGGAAGGGGCGGAGGGGCGGCCCCGACGGCGAGGCGAGGCCCGAAGCAACCGCGGAGGGAUCCGGACGGCGGCUGCGGCUCUGAGUCGCCCUUGAAACAAAGCCGUGAGCGGCCCGCGCAGGGACACCACACCGACCUCCGCGGACUCUUUCGCCUUCAAGCCUCUUUGGAGGAUUUCCAGAGACACCCGUGGCUCGACGGGGCUUUUGAUGCACGCGUGAAAGUGGGGAAGAAACGGCACUUCCAGGAGCAGCCUUCAUGA